UAUGGAUGUACACAUACCGACGGCGGUACGCGUAGCGCAACGACGGCGCAUAGUAAUUUCUUGUGAUUUUAAGCGAAAUAACGGUUCAUCGCAAAUAAAUCUAAAUGCGAUUUGCAAUUUAAAGUGUAAUUUGUGUUGUGCGCAUAAAAAAAUAUGACAAGCUUCAAAUAAGUUGUCAAAAGUGUUUGAUCUCCAUUAAACUAAAAGUACUUAAAUCUUAGUAAAAGCCGAAUCCGAGUAGUUUUAAGGCAAAUAAAGCUGCGCUAAGAUUACGUGAAAUGUCCAGCAGUUCGCAAAUGUGUUGAGUGGGUGCACAGCGUUGAAGCGAGCAGUGAAGCUGUGUGGCGUUAAUUGCUUCUGUCAAUUGUGAACUACCGAAUUGUUGUUGUCUAUAACAUAUAUAAUUCACCAUUCACUUUGACAGUUUGCAUUGCAUCAACAACUAUAUAGUAACAGUAGUUGCUAAAAUUUCAUGCUGUCAGCAAUUCAAAUGUGUGGCAUUUGUGCAAUUCUAUGGAACUCAAAUGCAGGCAUAGCACCGGCAAUUGUUCUCCAUGCAGACCUACAGUGCGUAUGAGUGCUCAGCAGUUGCGUGCAUUUUGGUCAGCUACAGUAACAUAGAAAUCAAUUAAGCUUAUAUGAGUUUGUGUGCUGUUGUUGCUACGAGAGGCCGAAGCAGCUGUAAGAGUUCAGUGUUGAGAUGUAAGAGAUGUUGUGUCCAAGGUAGUAAGAGCUCUGCAAUUAAAGCGUGAACGUGUGUACUUGCGUGCUUCCGUUUUGGACAGUAGAAGGCGCCACUAUGUCGUCCUUGCUUUGUCACACGUAAACUGGCAACUGUCUGAAAGGCUAAGUUUACGUCGCAGAAGUUGUUUGUGUCGGUUUAAGUGUAGUUCGGUCGGUUUGCCGGUGGCGCUGUCGUACACUUAGCUACUAUUGGUCUUUACAUACAUACUUAUAUGUAUGUAUGUUUAUAGUGUCUGUGUGCGUAUAAUCAAUGUUUCCUGCCUUCUAGCUAACAGCGUUAACUGUGUCACUUAGUAGUUAAAGUGCAUGAACACGUUCUUUCGCAGCGCCGUAACAAAUUCAUCCGGGAAUUACAACACUCAACUUAACCCAAUACGGAACGUAAUGGACCUAUUUGUGCGUGUGCAGCAAUAAGUAAUGCAAAGUCUGCUGCCCUUGUAACAUGUGCUAGUGAAAGGCACAACAGUCUCAAAAAUAGUAAAAAUCUACCGGAAAACUCAACUUAACGAGGUUUAUUGUGAAAAUUGUCGCAGUUAUGUACCUUUUUCCGAUAUUUGGCAUUGGCAUUGACAGAUGUUUGCUGCCAUAAGUUACGUGCACUGCAUACUCAGCGCGCUUCCACAACAAAAAGGUGAGGCAAAACAAAAAAGUCAGAAACCGUAUAUACAUACAUACCAAAGUGAGAAAAUGUGAAAAUGUGUAGAAAGUGGAAUGAAAGUGAUGUUGGUAUGAAAAGCAAGCAAAUCAAAAAUAUAAAAUUUGAAGAAAAAAAGUUGUAAAACGCAAAAGCUCAGCAAAUUAAAGCUGACACAAACGCCCUUUGCCCAGCUGCAGUUUUAAGUGCGAGGACAUAAACCUCUGGCACCUGCUAAUGUUGGCGCUGAAAACGUGGCGAGAAUAAGUGACGCGUAAUUUCAUUAAAUUUAAUACAAGUGGAAAGGAAGUAAAGCAAAUUGGCAACAAGCAAGUUCUGGAGAAAUAAGUAUAGUGGCCGCAGACAAAAUGCCUUGCUGGCCAUAAUUGGAAACGAAAUUGAAAUACAUUUUAAAUAAAAGUGUAGUAUUAUAUUGAAAUGCUGAAGUAGACAGCCAUUUGAAAAUUAAACAGAUAACACAUUUAACAAAAACAAUUUGCAGUUAUCUUUUCUGAAGCGAGACAGGAUUUGCUCAGUGAAGAUCCAUUCACGGACAAAUGUUAAAAGGUGUACUCGGUUCCAGAAAUAUAUUUACGAAUAUAACAAAACUCAAAUGCUCGUACGAAUGGAUCAGUUGAACUCAAAGGCAUCACCUCAGAGAGACUGCGAGAGAGUAGCGUGUUUACUAUUCAAAUAAUGUAUGAAAUUAUAAACACCAAAAGUUGAAUGAAUGAUUUGACAAGGAAGGAAGAAGUAAGAAGUUCGUUAGUGAAAUAUGGAGAAAGUUUAAAGAAAUCUAAGAGUGAAGGAGAAGAUUGAAAAUAGCACAUAAAAUAAGCAAUGAAGGCACUAAUUAACAUGAAAAUUAGAUCGAAGUCUACGGAAAAUUGAAGCAACUUAUGCACAACUAAUCGCGGCAACUUUUGCAAUUAACACAAGAAAAGCAAUUUACCUAAUAAACACUUAAAAUUCUAAAAACUGCUGGUAAUAUAAAGUUGUAUGAAUUUGUUGCGAAAUGGCGGUUGAAACAAAGACAACAAGAAGCUGCGACAGCAGCAAGUGCAUGGCAUAAUUUUACCGUCAUUAUAAACGGAGAACGCCAUUAAACGCAAGCCGUUAGGUGCAUAAAUAGCAAUAACAAUUAUUUCAGUUAGCACCGAGCAGCCUACAAGCAUCGAGCGGGCGGAGUGAGGCAGCAACAACGCCAACAGCGGCAGAAACACUAGCUGCAGCCAGAGUCAUAAACUUAGAGGGGUGCUACCUAGCGCCAUUAUGAUAAUGUUGCCGCGUUACUUUUACUUGCUGGAAACAAACACCACCGCACUUUCCAUACUCUUCCUACUCUUGGCAUGUGUCGGCGGCGGCGGCGGCAACAGUGGCUCAUUCGCCACAGCGGCAACAGCAACGCACGGCGCGAACAAUCAAAAUGCCAACACACGAAAUUACAGCCGCAGCGGACGUGAUAUCACGGUUUAUGGGGGCAGUAGUAGCAGCUCCUCAGCGGUGUUUCGUGCGCUUGUCUCAGCCUCAUUAACGGACAACAACAGUCGCCUGCAGUCAGCCGCCGCAUUAGCGUCCGAAGACAAUAGCUUGCAAAUGUCGCUAGUCUCCUCACCGAUAACAACUGCCUCACUGACCGCCAACAAUAUAUUUUUGGGUCCAUCGCUCUCGCUGACAAGCAGCAGCGCCGCAUCUGCUACCUCCGGCGCUGGCUCAAUGCUACAAUCCGCUUCACUGGCGGGUGGUGCCGGUAGCAGUAGUGGUGGCGCUGGCAGUUCUGGUCUUAGUAGUAGCGGACGUAGCAGUCGGCAAAAUGUCGGUGGUGCCAUAACCAACAACAACGUCAAUAGUCAUACACAUGGCGAUCAACUGCCAGCGCAAUUAUCCUCGCGCAUUAUACACACACGCAACGGCGCCAUAUCCGGUGUUAUUGUACAACUUGAAGGUCGGCAUUUGGAUCCGGUGGAAGCGUAUCGCGGCAUACCGUAUGCUUCGCCACCUGUGGGCAAUUUACGUUUCAUGCCACCUGUUUCGGCGGCCAUGUGGUCGGGCGUUAAGAAGGCAGAUAGAUUUAGUCCGGUUUGUCCGCAACGCCUACCCGACAUCGCCAACGAGACAGCCGCUUUAGAGCGUAUGCCCAAAGGACGGCUGGAGUAUUUGAAGCGCCUAUUGCCGUAUCUGCAAAAUCAAUCGGAAGAUUGCCUAUAUUUGAAUAUUUACGUGCCCAUACAAGUCGCUUCGCGUGACGCCUCUGGCAGUGGCAGCAGCAGCAGUGGAUCAAGCAACAAUGCGGGCGGUAGUAAUGGUGGUGGAGGCGGCCAAACUAGAUAUCCGGUUGUAGUGUUUGUACAUGGAGAAUCCUAUGAAUGGAAUAGCGGGAAUCCGUAUGAUGGCUCGGUGUUGGCGAGCUUUGGACAGAUACUUGUCGUCACAAUAAAUUAUCGACUGGGCAUACUAGGUUUCUUAAAUGCCAAUACAGAUCGCUACUCGAAACUGCCAGCCAACUAUGGCCUAAUGGACAUCAUUGCUGCGUUACACUGGCUAAAGGAGAAUAUUGCUGCAUUUGGUGGCGAUCCACAGAGUAUAACCCUAGCGGGUCAUGGCACCGGAGCAGCGUGUGUGCAUUUUCUCAUCUCCUCACUGGCGGUGCCAGAAGGUCUCCUGUUUAACCGCGCCAUACUGAUGUCCGGCUCUGGUUUGGCACCCUGGUCGCUGGUGAGCAACCCUGCCAAAUAUGCGGCCAUCGUUGCGCAUCACGUGAACUGUGCGCCCGACCUGUCACAUGCGCAUCUUAUGAAGUGUCUGCGCGACAAGACACUGGAGCAGCUGCUGAGCGUACCCAUACGUCAGCCCGAGUUCGGUUUCGCGUUUGGCCCCAGCAUAGACGGUGUGGUCAUCGAUGGUGGUGACUAUGUACCGCCAGCGCCCGGUUCAGCUGCUGCACAAGCCCAAGCAUCGACUGCUGCCGGCAGCGGCCUCGGCGGGGGAGCAGGCAUCGCGGCAGCGGGUGGUUGGGGUACGCCGGGACAGUUGGAAAAUAUCGUAUUAAUGAGGAAAACAGCCAUUAACAAGCUGUCAAGAUAUGACCUGUUGGCUGGCGUGACACGUGCCGAGGCGUUUUUCUCCUUCAAUUCCGGCGACGUACAGUAUGGCAUCGAAGCGGAUCGUCGCUCGAAAAUACUAAAGGCCUACGUACGCAAUACGUACACGUAUCAUCUGAACGAAAUAUUCGCGACGAUUGUUAAUGAGUACACGGAUUGGGAGCGACCCGUACAGCAUCCAAUUAAUAUACGUGAUGAAACACUUGAAGCGCUUAGCGAUGCACAAAUUGUGGCACCCGCUGCUCAAACCGUCGACCUACACUCGGCGGAUCAUCGCAAUUCGUACUUGUACGUCUUUGACUAUCAGACGAGAUAUGGGGAUUAUCCUCAGCGCCAAGGCUGCAUUCAUGGCGAGGACUUACCCUACCUCUUCGGCGCACCUUUAGUGGGUGGUUUCAGUCAUUUCACACGAAAUUACACCAAAACUGAAAUCAAUCUGUCGGAAGUUGUAAUGCUGUACUGGUCGAACUUCGUGCGUACUGGAAAUCCGAAUGAACAAAUGGAAGGCGAACAUCCCGGUAGUCGACAGGAGCGAAGUCGAUACAAAACGAUUGAAUGGACCGCUUACGAGAGUGUGCAUAAAAAGUAUCUCAAUUUCGACACAAAACCAAAACUCAAGAAUCACUAUCGCGCUCAUCGCUUAUCCUUCUGGUUGAAUCUCAUUCCCGAUCUCCACAAGCCAGGCGGUGACAAUGUGCCCGCCGCACAUCACCAACUGCUGGAUGAUACCGAUGAUGAUGUCGACAAUAAUAUCGCCAGUGACGGUUCCGUUAAGCCACUCAACCCACCCUAUUCGCCGCAUGCCGGCAGCGCGGCGCUUGGCAAUUUCACAUUAUUUACUAAUCAAGUAUUCUCACUGCUGAAUCUGUCGUCACCCUCAUCGGCGCGUAAUGGCUCACGUUAUGGCGGCAAAAUGUAUGGCGCUGACGACAAUGGGGAAGCGCAUGCCGCCGGUAGUGGUUCGCCACCGGAUGGCCAAGACGGUUUUGCUGCCUACUCCACCGCACUGAGCGUCACAAUUGCAAUUGGCUGCUCACUGCUCAUCCUGAACGUGCUUAUCUUUGCUGGCGUUUACUAUCAACGUGACAAGACGCGCCUGAGUGAGCCGCGCGCGCAAACGAAACUGAAGCGACAAGAAAACGGUCAAAUGCCGAAUAACAUAUGCGGCGAUCUCGAAACCUUAACGAUACACACGAAAAACGACCCGGCGACGAUACUUUCGCAUCACCACGCAUUGCAACACCAGCACCAGCUGCCACCUCCCGAAUUCGCAGACAUACCACAUCGUGCGCCGCCGCCACCAAAACAUUUAAAAACGCUCCAAGAUGCGAGCGGCAACAUAAAUAUGGGUGGCGCGCUCAGUGCGCCGGGCAGCGCGGCAAGCGGUGGUGGCAUGGUAGGCGGUGCCAUGGGCAGCAGCGGCAGCGGCGGCAAUGCUGCUGGUGUUGGGGGUCUGGGUAGCGCCGGCGGGCAAGGUAGUAGUGCACCCAGUGGCAGCGGAGGCGGUGGCAGCAUGAUGGGUCUAAUGCCACCACCGCACGCAUUGCAAGUCAUGGGCAAUCAAUGUGGCACGCUUACUAAAAAGAGUUGCAUGAAACAAACACAACAGCAGCAACAACAGCAACAGCUAGUUGUUACACAUCAGCAGCAUUUGCAGAAUCAUCAUAAUCAAAGCAUGACGACGGCUUUAAUGGGUGGCGGCGGUGGCGCUGUUGGUCCUCCGCCACCUUCGGUGUCCAGCGCACAAGCGCACACGCACGCAAAUGUGCAACAACAGCAACAGCAGCAGCAACAACAUCAUCAGCAAGCACAACUACAACAAAUCCAACAGCAUCCACUAAUGGAUGAGUUGCGAGUGUGACAUUAAUUAACAGUGCGUUUCAAAUGUGAUCUCUAGCGGUGAUUAAAUGAUUGUGAUGUGAAAUGAAGUGGAAACGGGCGCCACACAAUGCCACAUAGCUCGAUUAAAGUGUGUGUGUGCCGCUUUGUGUAUUUAUGAGUGUGUGGAUGUGUGAUUUUGAGCGUGUAGUGGAUAUGCGUGAGUUUAAUCGUGUGCGGCGUCCUUGGUGAUAACGCCCAUUACCUAUUCUCUCUGUGGGCGUCUGUACGCCAUUGCAUUUAGUAGCAAACCAAAACGGGAUUACAUGACGUAGGCGCAUUUUGUUAAUUAUAUAUUUAGUAGUAUUAGUAUUAGAUAUAGAACCAUUCUUGAAGGUAUACAUAUAUACUAAGCACGAGGAAACAGUUAUAUUAAGUCGUGGUGCUAGGCACAAAACCCAAAUAUUAUUUCAAAACAUGUUCUAACUGUAGCCAUAAUUAGUAGGCAAUUUUAAAACUGAAAUUUCGAUUGUCAUAAAAAAUUGAAGUUCAACAAUCAAAUAUUUUGUACAUAGUGAAACUAAAGUUAUAAAACUCGAAAGGGUGUAAACUGAUGCAUUAUUAGCCAGAAUUAUAGUUAUGAAGCUGGUUUUCCAACCUUUUUAGAAUCGUAUAUGAUUUUGUUACAUUUAAUAAUAAUAUUUCGUUUUGAUAUGAAUUCUGUUGUACAUAAAUUUUAAAAUUUUCCAAAUUACUGAAGUAAUGACUUUGAAGCUAAAAGUAAGCAAAUAACCCACAGUGCUGAGCUGCCAACGUAUCCAGAUGUCACUAAAGAGCCACUUAAAAAACAUCUAUUCUCAUGUACUCGUAUACUAUAUCUCUAGAAGCUAUCAAGUUAAUAUUUUGGCCCCUAGUUUGAAAACUUUCUGGUCUUAAACUUUAUAGUCCCAAACACUUUAUAGUCAUUGAGAAAAAUGCAAGCUAUUUCAUAUUUAGGAUUUUAUUUCUGCCUUGAACGAUGGUUUCGUAAAAUUCUUCUGUGUUUAGGUGCUGUUUAAAUACAACUUGUCACUCGAGCAUCCAUCUAAUUGUUCAUCGUAUGGUUAUAGACUCCACGCACUCGUUGCAUUUUCGUUAUCACCGGAAGUCUUCAAUAGUUUAUAGAUAUUUUUAGUUUUUGUGAGGUUCAAGGCAUUAAUAUCUAUGAAAAAUGAUGCAGAAGAAACAUUUGAGAGAAGAAAAAUUUUCUCGGGCUCAUCAAACUCUGCGAUUUGGAAACUGUAAUCGGCGGCACACUUAUUACCAGCUAAACGAUAGAAAAGUAAUUCCUACAGGACCUCCUUAUUGGCUGCAAUAUAAGUUGCUUACUGUUAUAAAUCGGUAAAUAUAUUCACUUUGCAGCAUGGAAUAUGUGAGUACCCCUACUUUUUAUAAAUUUUUCCUUAAAUCUUUCAAUUUGAUAUAAGAUUCUUACUGAAGAAGUCUACCUACUCAUAUCAGCACUUUUCCAAAGUAUCUCUAAGUUCGGGAAAUACAACAUUGCUGGGGUUUUGUAUUCAAAGUAAAAAUUGCAAUCACCUUAUAUUCUAACUUUAUCCAACUUGAUAAAAUGAAACAUUUAAAGUUCCAACAUAUUUAACAAAAAGGCUCUGCUACAAUUGGCAAUAGCUUUAUACUGCAAAAAUAUCUGAUAUACCGUAGUAUCUUCAGUUGAGUCCUGCCUGUACAAAUAACAAACUGAUUGCUAUCUUCCACAAAAGCGGGGAAAACCUUAUAAAAAUAUGUGUGGAAACUUCCUUCUUCCAUCUUCUCUUAAUAUGUACUCCUAAUUGCUUAGGCAAAGCAUGUCCGAUGUUCAUUUAUAUUGGAUGUCAAAUGUCACCCUUUAAGUAUCGGAACACCAUCUGACCUGAAAUUCUAUGUACAUAACGAGAAUUCAGCAAUUUUAGACAUUAAUACAACCGUGAUUACUUCCAGUAAUGAGUGAUAUUAUCCUUAGCAAUGUAGCCGCAAGGAAUGAGACAGCAAUUCAUAUGAACACACAAGCUUUGGCUACCAAAGUCUUUAAAUCUUCUAAACACUAAACAAAUUAUAUUUAUUGUGGAUAUUUUGUCUGAAGAUUAAUUAAUAUUACCCUUUUUAUUCAAAUUUCAUUUUUCUGUGUAGUCACAGUCGUGAGCACACCUGCGAAGGAGUGGCGUUAAUAAAUAAAGAUAUUUUGUAUGAAAAAAGUAUCCAUUAUUGAUUUUUGAAAAUCAGUUCUUGCUUUAACAAUAUCGAGGGAUCUGAAAGUGUGAAUAUGACAGCAUUUAAUGCCCUCAACUUAGGCGCCCUUGCAUUCCUGGUUUACUCUACCAGCCUGCUGCUAACACGAAUUAUGUUAAGCAUUUAUUUAUUUAUUAUAAAUUCUUUAAGUCUUAUAAGUAAAUAACACUUUGGUUCCCUACUAGACACUGAUAUAACAAAUUUAAAGUAGCUUUCCGUAUUUGUGUAAAUUAUUCUUCCAAAGACUGAUUAAGUGUGUAUAUAAUAAUUACCGUUAGUGUGCAUCUAAUACAAAAUUAGUGUGUAUAUGUGCGCAUAAGUAGGUUUGUAUGAACUAAUAAGUGUGAAGUAGAUAUUUUAAAUGCAUGUAAAUAAGCAAAGGUAGCCGUAGUACUAAAACAAAAUGAACGUUGUUAGAAAAUUUUCACACAAACCAAAUGUAGACUAAUGAACUGAAUGCAGAAUUUUUCUUAUUGCAAUGCGGAGACGAUCGGAGAUAGAUUUUGUUUUGAAACCUAAGUUCCAGUAGUUUAAUAGUUUACUAUCUUCGUGAACCUAAAAAAGGUGAAUAAAAUUAGUUAUUCGCUUUUGUUUCUUUUGUAAGAGAUAUAAACUCUAAAAAAUUACUAAAAUUUUCGACAACCAAUAAUGAAAAUAUAUUUUCAUUAAACUCUAUUUUUUUUUUACUUUUUAGAGUUUCUAUUUCUUACAAUCAACCAAAAUCACUUAUGACUAAUCUUAUUCACCUUUUUAGAUUCAAGAAGAUAUUAAACUAUGAAACUAUUAGAACUUAAGUUUCCGCUUAUUAUUUAGAAAACAUAAAGAUUCUUUAAACCUUCUGAUAUGUUAAGUAUGUUUGUGUGCGUGUGCAGGAUAUGUAAAGUUAUUAACUUACAGGAAUAGUUAGUUCAGUUUUGAGUAAGUUUGGCGUAAGUAAGCAAAUGUGUAAUCUACAAAAACUUUGUAAGCAGCUUACUGAAAAUCGAAGAUUAAAAAGAAAUAUAUAGACACUAUAUAUAUAGUAUAAACAACCAUAGCAAAUAACUACCUAGGGUAACUAAAUCAUAACGUGUAUAAAAAUUAAAAAUAUAUAUAUAAA